AUGCUCUUGGUUCUUGUUGCUUCUGGUGGGUUUCCCAUGGGCUCUGAGUCUUUGAACGACCUGAUUGUUUUUCUUACAAUGUACCUGCGCACUGGCCACGAUAACAGACUGAAAAUUGUGCAGGGCCUCUCCAUUUUGUUCGACUCUGAGCGGCAUUUGGAGGAAGAGCUAACGGACAGAAUGCUGCUGGGGUUUAACUCAGAGCUACUGAACAGCUCGUGCAGCGACUUUGGCUACGCUUUACUGCUUGUGCAAAAAGAGAAAAAAGAUCUGAGCAAAAUACUCUUUUUCUCCACCGAGAAAGUUUCACUGAACUUUGUGAAGUGCGCAUUCACUGCCAGAAAGCUAAACAUUCAUGUGGACUGCGUGGUUCCUAACGACGGGUUUGUCUCUCAGAUAUCAGAUGUUCUGAAGCGCCCUGCCUUCUGUAUUUCGUCGGAGGAAUCUCUUUUUGAGUACUUGCUGGGGAUCCUUUCGCUGGACUUUGGAAAAAUAAGCAGAAAAACAUCGCAGAGGUUCUGCAUAUGCCACAGCCAAGAGAUAAAAACAGGAUAUUUGUGCCCCAUCUGUCUUGGGCUGUACUGUAAGUUUGUUCCGCUCUGCAAGAACUGCAAGACGAGAUUUAUUUUCUAG